CUUGCAUCGUUCAUCGUUCGUUAACGCCUUCAGACAGCAUGGACGCCCUCGUCGCCAACAUCGCUCAUCCACCUUCCGCGCGCCGCGCCCCCAACGCCGAGGAAGAGCACUCGCCGGCGACAUGGGGAAGCAUGGGCGGCUUCGGCAACCUCGAUGCGAGCGGUGCCGUGAGCGGAAUGACGGUGCCCGCCGUCCCCGACCCCCUGGCCUUCCUUUCGCUGCACACCGACUCGAUGUCGACCAACCCUCAGGCCAAGAUUAAGCUGGCGCACGGCACGACCACCCUGGCGUUCCGCUUCAAGGGCGGUAUCAUCGUGGCCGUCGACUCGCGAGCCACCGCCGGUAGCUACAUCGCUUCGGGGACCGUUAAGAAGGUCAUCGAGAUCAACCCUUACCUCCUCGGCACUAUGGCCGGCGGUGCCGCCGACUGCCAGUACUGGGAGACAUAUCUUGGCAUGCAGUGCCGCUUGCACGAGUUGCGGAACAAGGAGCGCAUUUCGGUUGCCGCAGCUUCCAAGAUUCUAUCCAACAUUGUGUACCAGUACAAGGGGAUGGGAUUGAGCAUGGGGACCAUGAUCUGCGGUUGGGACAAGACUGGGCCCGCUCUCUUCUACGUUGACUCGGACGGGCAGCGCCUCAAGGGUGACCUGUUCUCGGUUGGCUCGGGUUCGACGUACGCGUACGGUGUACUCGACCAGGGCUACUCGUGGGAUCUGUCGGACGAGGACGCGCAGGAGCUCGGCCGCCGCUCGAUCUGCGCCGCGGGCCACCGCGAUGCCUACUCCGGUAACACGAUCAACCUGUACCAUGUGCGCGAGAACGGCUGGGAGUUCAUUGACAACUACGACCUCAGCGAACUGUGGUACAAGUACUCAAACGAGAAGAUGGAGAGGGUCGCCGCGGCGCGGGCGGCGCAGGGCGAGCCGAUUGCCGUCGAGUAGACCAUGUAUGCAUAGAACUAUUGAGCAGCGCGGGC